AAUUACCGGAAGUCUGUCAUUCAUCGAGUUCCGGUGUCACGGCACCUGGGAGACGAAGCAAAGAAGCGGGCAUACCGAAAUCGUUAUUGUUUUCGCGAGCCUUUUCGCAUUUAAAGGCGUAUACAUUUGACUUAUAGUGUUAAAUAACCGUGCAUCUUGGACCAGUGGCCGCCUGGGGUUUGUUUUUGGCUUGUAAAAGAGUAUAAUUCAUUCGACUUUCGUACUUGCUAGCUAGCUAACUGGCUAACGAUUUUCCACACUAACGGCAGUGUCUGGAGCCGAAGGCCUCGUUCUUCUGGACUUUGCGACAAGAGCUAGGUGGCUAACAUUAGCAAGCUAACCCAUGCGAGCACGUUUUCUUUCUCAGCGAUUCUGGCUGUUAGGUUGUAAAUAAGUAUCGCACCGCACAUGUGUGACCUGGCUAGCCAUCUGGGGUAUUUCUGUCGUUAAGUAGACUGCGAGUCGGAGGAAAUCUACUCGAGCUGACGUUACAUCGGCGAGGCGCUUGUUUUUAGGUGCUGUGCGCUUUGUUGCUAGCAGAAGCUAGCCGACGCCAACUGAACAACGCAGCCACCGAAAGCGUAACAGCCUCCACCGCCAGAGAUGUCGGACUUCGACGAAUUCGAAAGACAGCUCUCUGAAAACAAACAAGGCAGGGCCGGGCUAAAUCAUGCUGAAAGAGACAAGGAGAACCGCCACCACCGCCGGUCCUCCUCCCGCAGCCGCAGCAGAGAGAGGAAAAGGAAGAGCAGAGACAGGGACAGACGCAGCAGGGACCGCCGCGGGGACAGUAAGGACCGCAGACACAGGCGCAGCAUUUCAGAUCCAGCCGGAAAUCUUAAAGCGCCCAGGCAGGCGCCAGUAGAACUGACCUCACCACCCAGCUUCCCCCCGGACAAUGCUGGAAGCCGCUCUCCACACCGUGAGAAGAAGAAGAACAAGGUGAAGAAGUACUGGGAUGUCCCACCACCUGGUUUUGAACACAUCACUCCCAUGCAGUACAAAGCCAUGCAAGCUGCAGGCCAGAUCCCAGCCACCGCCCUCCUGCCGACCAUGACUCCAGAUGGCCUGGCUGUUACUCCCACCCCAGUACCUGUAGUGGGCAGCCAGAUGACCCGGCAGGCCCGCCGGCUCUACGUUGGCAACAUACCCUUUGGUAUCACUGAAGAGUCAAUGAUGGACUUCUUCAAUGCCCAGAUGCGUCUGGGUGGUCUCACUCAGGCCCCUGGAAACCCUGUGCUUGCAGUACAGAUCAACCAGGAUAAGAAUUUUGCCUUCCUUGAGUUCCGUUCAGUGGACGAAACCACACAGGCAAUGGCCUUUGAUGGUAUAAUCUUUCAAGGCCAGAGUCUGAAGAUUCGUCGUCCCCACGAUUACCAGCCGCUGCCCGGCAUGAGCGAGAACCCCAGUGUCUAUGUGCCUGGUACACAGCCAAUUAAUGGUGUAGUGUCUACAGUGGUUCCCGACUCUGCUCACAAGCUCUUCAUCGGCGGCUUGCCCAACUACCUGAAUGAUGACCAGGUGAAGGAGCUCUUGACGUCAUUCGGGCCUCUGAAGGCCUUCAACCUGGUCAAGGACAGUGCUACUGGCUUAUCUAAGGGAUAUGCCUUUUGUGAAUAUGUUGAUGUGAACCUUAAUGACCAGGCUAUAGCUGGGCUGAACGGCAUGCAGCUGGGAGACAAGAAGCUCCUGGUGCAAAGAGCAAGUGUGGGAUCCAAGAACGCCACCCUGACAAGUAUAAAUCAGACCCCGGUGACGCUGCAGGUGCCCGGUCUGAAUAGCUCAGUGACUCAGAUGGGUGGCUUGCCCACUGAGGUGCUGUGUCUGAUGAACAUGGUGGCGCCAGAGGAGCUGCUGGACGACGAAGAGUAUGAGGAGAUUGUUGAGGAUGUCCGGGAUGAGUGCAGCAAGUACGGCGCCGUUAAGAGCAUCGAGAUUCCUCGACCCGUGGACGGCCUGGAGGUGCCUGGGACCGGCAAGAUCUUUGUGGAGUUCAUGUCUGUUUUUGACUCCCAGAAGGCCAUGCAGGGGCUGACAGGAAGGAAGUUUGCCAACAGAGUGGUGGUGACCAAAUACUGCGAUCCAGAUGCUUAUCACCGUCGGGACUUCUGGUAGAGGAGACCUGAAGAUAAAAAACGAGGGAGGGGGGGAGGGAGGGAGGGAACAUGUAUCGUCCAUUUUUAAAUCAGCCCCCUGAUUGAUUUGGCAGAGCAACGUUUCAGUUAGAUCUGAGUAUUAAUCAUUUGACAAAUGGCUUUGGUGAUAUCCAAUUAAUCAUUUGAGAUCUAUGUGAAAUGUCCAGCAGUUGGAACAGUUUUUUGGAAUUGGUUAAGAGCAGGAAUUGUUAAUAUUGAGUCCAUACCGGGGGGGGGGGGGGGGCUAGGUUUGGGUGGUACGGGUGUAGCUGGGUGGGUGGGGUAGUCAAAAGAUUUUUUGAGAAAUGUGUGUGUAAUGGUCCAGGAGGGGGUCAACAACUUUUAUACUUUGUGUGAAAGGGAUGUCAUUUUGGGUGGGAGGGGGGUACCACACUUUAAGGUUUGUAUUUAAAUGGAGGCGGCCUGUUUUAAGUACAUUGGGAAGAAGUUGCAGUCGGGAACUAACUGGACUAUUCUGAAGGAGAAGAGAGACAAAACAGGAGUGUUUAUUUGUGUAGGAUGAGGGCAUUUUUGUUUGACCAUGUAAUCCAGACAUACAGUAGCUCCGUCUGUCACCAUCGUUAGAAGGUGAGAGGAGAGUCCUCAAAAAUAAAAAUCUGAUUUGACUUAUCGUUUCUUUACGGUCCUUCAAUUUUUCACCAGAUUGCUGCCCCCCUCUGGUCGACUGUUAGAAUAUGUUGUCUAAUUGGACUUUCUAAAUGUCAACUGUAAUUGCUCCAAUACUGUGUGUGGCGUCACUGAUUUGAGCUGUAAUAUUGUUAUAUUCAGGCCUCUGAAUGACAUGAGCUUCAGAAUUGAACAUGUUCCACUAUCAUUUUGUAGGGUUUUUUUUUCCUGUAACUUUUUUUUUCUUCUCACAUUUGUGCACAGCUUUUAACAGUUGAGGUUGUUUGUCUCAGCAGUACAGUCCUGAUUUAAUUAGAACAUAAUAUGUUGAGGCAAAGCUAUUGGUCUUUAGUAGAGGAUUUAUAUCAUCCUUACCAAAAAGCCUUAAUGUUAUUACAUGUCAAUUUGCUAGAGAAAUAAAUUUGGCUUGCCCCUCUGCGGAUGUCAGUAUGUUGAUUUACAUGUUACUAUAUUGUCCUUUAGCCUUGCAUCACUAUUUUUUAUCUAUCCUUGUUUCCCAGCCGAUUGGGGGUGUAAGAUGUGUUGGACCCGAUUGUUUUUUUUUGUGUGUCAACGUCUCACCUCUUCGAUAAGACCAAAUAAACACAAGACUAAUA